CGACCACAAUCGAGCAGCCAAUACCCCUUGACAUUUGUCCGUCUAUAAGCAUUGAGGCUGUCCUCCAGCUGUGCUUUUCGCCCUCUUCGACCCGACCGACGCUGGGAGACCCACUCCCAUCUCUACGUGCGGCCCUGAUACUUUUUUUUGAGCGCCAGCUUGGCCACAUCUCGCAAACCUCCUUGCGCCGAACCUCGACCGCAAUCUCAGCCCCAUUCUCGCUUUCCCGUUCGAUGCACCACUUGUAGACGACUCAAUCUGGGCAACCGCAGUUCGCCUGCUUUCCUACUCGUCCAGCCACAAUGUCACGCUCAUUCCGACGCUCGAAUCCGAUAACGAUAGUCCUUGCCGGCAUCCUCUGCAUAGGCUUCUUCUUCUUCUUCUUUUCCGGCAGCGAUGCUCCUACACUUGGCAAGCUCAGAAGCGGGAUCGAGACGGCAUCAAAUCCGCUCUCUCCGCCAUCAUUGCCCUUCCGAAAGUCAAAAGGCAACGCUCCACAGGCGGCGCCGCCAGUUGUACACUACUACAUGAACAACCUUACCACAUCGCGGACACCAAUAGAAAAUGAGGAGACGGUUCUUAUUCUCACUCCACUGGCGCGUUUCUACCAAGAGUACUGGGACAAUCUGGCGAAGCUCAACUAUCCGCACCAUCUUAUCUCCCUGGGCUUCAUAAUACCAAAGACGAAGGAGGGAAAUGCAGCGUACGCAGCGUUGCAGGCACAGGUCACCAAGACACAAUCAGGACCAAAGAAUAAGCGCUACGCUGCGGUCACGAUUCUCCGACAGGACACCGAGUCCCCGCUAACAUCACAGAACGAGGCAGAACGACACAAGAUGGAAAACCAGAAGGCACGUCGCGCGGCCAUGUCCAAGGCGCGCAACUCUCUGCUAUUCACAACCAUGGGCCCCACCACAUCGUGGGUCUUGUGGAUGGAUGCUGACAUCGUCGAGACCCCGCCAACCCUCAUUCAGGAUCUUGCCGGAUACGAUGUGCCCAUCAUUGUGCCCAACUGCUUCCAGAGAUACUACGACAAUGAUAAGAAGGCUAUGAGCAUUCGGGAGUACGAUCUCAACAACUGGAUUGAUAGCCCUACGGCAAGGGAGCUGGGCGCGAAAAUGGGCAAUGACGAAAUUCUCUUGGAAGGCUAUGCUGAGAUGCCAACGUACCGUAGCCUGAUGUCAAAGAUGUACGACAAGUCGGCCGAUCCUGGAACGAAAAUCAAGCUCGACGGUGUAGGGGGCGCGACACUAUUGGUCAAGGCCGAGGUACACCGCGAUGGAGCGAUGUUCCCACCAUUCCCCUUCUACCAUCUUAUCGAAACGGAAGGCUUCGCCAAGAUGGCGAAUAGACUGAACUGGGAUAGCUUCGGAUUGCCAAACUAUCUUGUAUUCCACUACAAUGAGUGAAGUCUUUGAAGACGGACCGUUUACUUUUGGGCGUCUCCAACGGCAGUCAUUGGGCGGCGUUUGUAUGAUCGCUUUGUCUUCUGUAGUAGUGAGCUUAGUGACAUCUCGUUACAUGUACUACAUAGCAUUUUCAACAGGUAUAGACAGCUUGCUGGCAAGGAAAAUACCAUCAAGGACAUUAUAAACAUUUUAGAUUUCAGAG